AUGGCUGAAGAGCAGGUCGACCAGAAGCCCAAGCUUAACAUUAGUAUCGUGUAUGAGGGGACACCGAUCACCGUCAAGGUGAAAGCGAACAUGGCCUUCCAGAAGAUCUUCGACGUUGCAGCCGAGCGAUUUGGGAAAGACAAGGGCACAUUAAGAUUUAUGUACGAGGGUGCGCGCGUACGACCCGACGAAACGCCAGCAAUGCUCAACAUGGAGGACGGAGACCAGAUCGACGCACACAUCGAGCAGCUCGGCGGUAGCCUCGCAUAA